CUGCACACCAGCCGCGUAUUGAUUGAAGCUUCAGAAGCUUCCAACUUCCACUUAUACAACAUUAACACCACCACUUUCAACCCAUUCUCACCCAUUCUCACCUAUACCACCUAUACAUAAUUCCCGCCGAGUCCACAUAUAAAACAAAAGCCUAGAGAAAUAUCAAGAGAAGUAUCAUGAACGUCGAUACUAUCGCCGAUUUCCUGGCCGACCAGCGGGACGAGACCCCGGACGAGCUCCAAUACCUCAUCAUCCAGUUCGAGAAUUUCUGGGAGCGCAAGUUAUGGCACCAACUUACAGACGCCCUGAUCGAGUUCUUCGCCAACCCCAAGAGCGAACCCCAGCGCCUCAAGUUCUACAAGGUCUUCAUACUAAAGUUUGCUGAUAAGAUCAACCAACUGAAGCUUGUCGACCUGGGCCUGAAGGCCGCUACCCAAUGCAAAGAUGACCAAGAACGCCUCACCUUCCUCUCCGACCUCGCUAAGAAGGUCGACCACGAGGACUCCCAAGACGCUUUCGUUUAUGCCCUUGCCGCUGUCGCCCGCGUGGAGCUGAACUUGCGGGACCUCGAGGCCUCGCGCCGGGAUCUGGACAAGGCUGAGCGCAUCCUUGACGGCUUUGACAGCGUCGAGACCAAGGUCCAUGCUGCCUUCUACCAGGUCAACGCCGACUACUAUCAAGCUAAGGCCGACUUCGCAUCCUACUACCGCAACGCCCUACUCUACCUCGCCUGCAUCGAUCUGUCCUCACUCUCCCCCGAAGAGCGCCGCGCUCGAGCCUACGACCUGGGUAUCGCUGCCCUAGUCUCUGACUCUAUCUAUAACUUUGGCGAGCUGCUACAACAUCCCAUCCUCGCCGCCCUGACCGAUGACGUCGCCUGGCUGCAGGAGUUGCUACUAGCUUUCAACCGCGGCGACCUAACUGCGUACGACGUCUUAUCAGGACACAUCUCCUCCAAUCCGCUCCUGAAAGAACACCUCGAGGAUAUCCGCCAGAAGAUCUACCUCGCGGCCUUAACCGAAAGCGUAUUCCGCCGGCCCCCGCACCAGCGUGCUAUGAGUUUCGGCACCAUAUCCGCCGACACCAAGGUCCGCAAGGACGAGAUCGAGCACUUGGUCAUGAAGGCUCUCAGCCUGGGCUUAGUACGCGGCACCAUCGACGAGGUCGACGAGCUGGUCAACUUCACCUGGGUGCAACCGCGUGUGCUCGACAUGGCGCAGAUCGCCAGCAUGAGCCAGCGCCUGGGCGAGUGGGGCGAGAACGUCAAUAAGCUGGGUAACUGGAUCGAAGCUACAGGGCAGGAUAUCUGGGCCCCCUGAUUUGUCUAUCUAUCCGUCUACAGCAAGAAGAUUACCUACCCCACGAAAGAAAAAACAAAAAGAGCCAAGAACUUCGAGAGAAGGAAAUGUGAGCACAACUCCUUCUCUUGCAUACGGGACGGCCUACGAGCCAUGUAUGAUAGAUAACUAAUAGAUGACGUGCGGUCCCGGCGAGAGGACUGGACGUAUUGCUGCAUAAUGUCCGAGUUUAUGAAGAUACGAUGAAUAAAGGGGUGAGUGGCUAUCGGAUGUGAUAACUAGGUGGUACUUUAUUAUACUUACAAACCGUCUAUACUGUGCAUGUCGUAUUAUGGUACGUAGGUAGUUAGAUAAUCCUUAUGGAUACUACUAUA